UAUCAAUAAAAAAAGUUGUCAAAUUAACACAAAAAUGGCUGCAAAUGAUGUGCCAUGUUGUGAAACUAUGUUUUGGGUGUACUUAAUUAUCUGUGUGUCACUUGUGUGUUUUGCUGGACUUAUGUCUGGGCUAACACUGGGACUCAUGUCCCUUAGCCUUAUGGAUCUUGAGGUCCUCAUUAAGGCUGGCCAGCCAAAUGAUCGAAAAAACGCUGAGAAAAUUCUGCCCAUUGUAAAGAAUCAGCACUUGCUCUUGUGUACCCUUCUAAUAUGUAACGCCAUGGCUAUGGAGGCUCUUCCAAUAUUCCUAGAUGCUUUACUUCCUGCAUGGGGUGCUAUAUUAAUAUCAGUCACCCUCAUACUAGCCUUUGGAGAGAUUAUUCCUCAGUCCAUCUGUUCGCGCUAUGGACUGAGCAUUGGUGCAAGAUUGGCACCUUUGGUUCGUUUGCUCGUCAUAGUUGUCUUCCCUUUAUCUUACCCCAUUAGUAAGUUGUUGGAUUUACUCCUGGGGAAAGGGCACUCUACACUUCUACGCCGUGCGGAGCUGAAAACUUUGGUGAAUAUGCAUGGUAAUGAGGCAGGGAAAGGCGGGGAGUUGAGCCAUGAUGAAACAACCAUAAUUGCUGGAGCAUUGGACCUAUCUCAGAAAUCAGUUAAAGAUGCAAUGACCCCAAUGUCCAGAGUCUUUUCCCUUGAUCUUCAUUCUAAACUUACCGAUGAGUUGAUGACUCUGAUUAUAAGUAGCGGCCAUAGUCGAGUACCUGUAUACUCUGGUAUUCCAACAAAUAUUGUAGGCCUAAUCUUGGUGAAGAAUUUGAUAAAAUUUUCUCCUGAAGAUGAGGUGCCUAUCAAAGAUCUCACUAUAAGAAGUAUACCAAAAGUCCCAGAUUCUUUACCAUUAUAUGAUCUUCUUAACCAGUUCCAGAAACGGCACAGCCAUAUGGCUGUAGUGGUGAAGAGUAGAAGGAUCACUAAGGAAACUGCAGAAAAUGCCACUGCUAAACACGAUAUAAUCAAGAUAAAUAUCCUUCCGCUCAGUCCAAUUCAACAACAUCAAGCUGUUGAAAAGGGAGAAGAAGUAAUUGGUAUCAUUACAAUGGAAGAUGUCCUUGAACAACUUCUACAGGAACCAAUAUAUGACGAGACAGAUGACUAUGUUGAUGUACACAACAAAAUUAGGAUCAACAUUCCUCCGUCGAUGAUAUUUUCACCUAGAAGAUCUCCAGGAGCAAUGACAACAGGGGCUACUACUAAUAAACCGAAGUGGCAAAGUCCGAUAGCAUCUCCAGUACAUUCAAGUGGACAUCAAAGUCCCAUGUUGCGCUCACCAGUAUCCCCAUACGUGCAGUCCCCGUAUACAAUGCCAAAUCGAUACGCUAAUUCCCCUGCACACUUAAAUAGUACAAAUUCUCCAACCAGAUUUUCACGCAGCUCUCCAUCAUCUAAUGAUCAGGUUUUUGCCAAGUCUUAUGAGAAGUUGGACAAACACGGCCUGUAGUACUUGCAGAAGCUUGAAGACAUUCUAUGGUCUAAGUUUCUCUGCCAAAAAUUGAGAUGAAUUUAAUUUAGAGAUGCAUGUGAGGAAAAGAUAUUUUAUGCUACAGCAUGGAUGGGACAAAGUCAUUUAUACAAUUGAGAAAAUGUUUUUUCAC